AUGACAAACCAGGCGUCACCCGUUGAGGAGCAGGAGAAGCUUUUGGAGGAAGCAUUAAGCAAUGUGAAAUUUCAGGCAUUUCAAAUGAAAAGAUGCCUAGACAAAUCAAAACUUAUGGAUGCAUUGAAACACGCUUCUACCAUGCUGGGAGAAUUAAGGACAUCACUAUUAUCUCCAAAGAGCUAUUAUGAAUUAUAUAUGGCAAUCACUGAUGAGCUCCGUCACUUGGAACUGUAUCUUCUAGAAGAAUUCCAGAAGGGUCGUAAAGUUGCAGAUUUGUAUGAACUAGUACAAUAUGCUGGGAAUAUUGUACCUCGAUUGUACCUAUUGAUAACAGUUGGCUUAGUUUACAUCAAAACUAAUACGAAUUUAAGGAGGGAUUUGCUCAAGGAUCUGGUUGAAAUGUGUCGUGGCGUCCAACAUCCGUUGCGUGGGCUGUUUUUGAGGAAUUAUCUCCUCCAAUGUACAAGGAAUGUUCUACCCGAUACCGUUGAAGCGGAGAAUGAAAAUGAGGGGAAUGUUAGAGACGCUAUCGACUUUGUUCUGAUGAAUUUUGCCGAAAUGAAUAAGUUAUGGGUCAGGAUGCAACACCAAGGACAUUCGAGGGACAAAGAGCGUCGUGAGCGUGAAAGAUCAGAACUCCGUAUCCUGGUUGGCACUAAUCUUGUUCGAGUGUCCCAGUUGGAGUCUGUCAGUGAGGCAGAUUACCGCAGGCUGGUUCUGCCAGCUAUAUUAGAACAGGUCGUGAGUUGCAGAGAUCCUAUAGCACAGGAAUAUCUCAUGGAGUGUAUCAUACAGGUUUUCCCCGAUGAGUUUCACUUGGCAAACCUUCAGCCGUUUUUAAAGUCUUGUGCUGAACUGCAGCCCGGUGUUAAUAUAAAGAACAUCAUUAUAGCACUCAUAGAAAGACUUGCUGCUUACAGUCAGAGGAACGAGGGGAAUGUAAAUCUUAGCGUUGUUCUUGAUGAUGGACAGGAACAAGAGGUCCAACUGUUCGAAGUGUUCUCUGAUCAGGUUGCUGCUAUUACUCAGAGUCGCACAGACAUGCCGCCGGAAGACAUGCUGUCACUACAGCUAGCAUUAUUGAAGCUAGCACAGAAAUGUCAUCCAGAUAAGCUAUCCUACGUGGACAGAGUAUUAGCUCAUACAGAUAGGAUAUGUGUGGACAUACUACCAUCAGGUAAACAGUAUUUGGAGCACAAUACACCUGUGUUCAAAGAACUCAUGAAGAUUUUGAAGCUGCCGGCUGAUCAUUACAAGAACAUACUCACAUUAAUCAAGCUCCAAAACUACGCACCGCUCAUCAAUAGACUGAGCCAGCCGGGCAGGAUGCUGAUAGCUGUUCAUCUUAUUAAUGAUGUCCUCGAGAGUAAUACUACUGUGUCCACACCCGAAGAUGUGGAAGCUGUUCUCUCAAUGCUGGAUGUUCUGGUGAAGGAUCAAGCGGAUCCUCCCGCCGCUGAACAAGAUGCUGACGACUUUAUGGAAGAACAGGGGCUGUUAGCCAGAUUGAUCCAUCACUUCAAGUCGGACUCAGCGGACCAGCAGUACCUAAUCCUGAGCACCGCCCGCAAGCUGCUGCAGGGCGGUGGUGCUUCUCGUAUACAGCACACCUUCCCGCCGAUAGUGUUCCACGCGUACUCGCUGGCAUUCACCUACCACCAGCUAAAGGAACAGGAUGAGAUGUGGGAGAAAAAAUGCCAGAAGAUAUUCCAGUUCUGUCAUCAGACGAUCAGUUUGCUGGUGAAGGCUGAGCUCGCUGAACUCCCACUAAGAUUGUAUCUCCAAGGAGCGCUCGCCAUAAGUGAGAUAGGUUUCGCCAACCACGAGACUAUAGCCUACGAGUAUUUAUCACAGGCAUUCUCGUUGUAUGAAGACGAAAUAUCCGACAGUAAAGCCCAGUUGGCGGCAAUCACGCUCAUAAUAGCGACAUUCGAACAAAUUAAUUGCUUCGGUGCUGAGAAUGCCGAGCCUAUGAGAACACAAUGUGCGCUGGCUGCCAGCAAGUUGCUUAAGAAACCUGAUCAGAGCAGGGCUGUCGCUUUGUGUGCUCACCUCUUCUGGAAAGCUGGCAAAGAUGGACAACAGUGGGAAUUAAACGACGCGUCGCGAGCUCUUGACUGUCUAAAGAAAGCGGCCCGCGUCGCCCAGCAGUGUAUGGAUGGAGGUGUUCAAGCCCAGCUAUUAGCCGAGCUGUUGGGGCGAUAUGCGCUGCUAAGGGAAAGAGGACACGCUAGCCUCACCGCGCCUCUCAUACAAGCGAUAAUACAAAAAAUCCGCGAGGAACUCGGCAAUCUGGACCAAUCAGAGGAAGUUGAACAGAUAACGAAGCACUUCCACAAUACAUUGCAGCAUUUAAAGAACAGAAUGGAGUGUCCCGACCCCGAGGGCCUAGGAUAUGAAGGAUUACAACUGUCUUAG